UGUGGAAUCCCGGGAAUACAGAGGACGGGGACAUCUCUCUAGUUGGUUCCCAUGACUGGAUCCACCUACCUGAUGAUGGUGGGGGAUGCCAUCACUUCUUCCUCCUAAAAUCACAAAAUGAUUGUGAGCACUAUCAUCCUGAGAUUACAUAGAACAUCAUCUAUGCAGUUUGGAGCCACGUUUGAGUUGGAUAUCCUUAGACCCACCUACCUGAUGAUGGUGAGGGAUGGUGUGAUCUUCCUGUGUGGAAUUCCGAGAAUACAGAGGACGGGGACAUCUCUCUGGUGGGUUCCCAUUACUGGAUCCAUC